GGCUCCCAGCUUUCUCCUCCAAGCAAACCCCAACUCAUCUCUCUCUCUCUCUCUCUCUCUCUCUCUCUCUCAUCAGACAUAUUUCGAAGCUAAUUAAGAUAUGGAAUGCAGUGACAUGAACACAAUGACCACCCCUUCAUCUGCCCUUCAGCUCUCUCGCUCCUCAUCUCCAUCAUCUUCUCCUCCUUCUUCCCCAAGUACUCCGACUCCGACUCCACCUGUUGUUGCAAGCCCUUGCGCCGCAUGCAAGAUUUUGCGGCGACGGUGUGCUGAGAGAUGCGUGCUGGCCCCUUACUUCCCUCCCACUGAACCAGCCAAGUUCACCAUAGCUCAUCGAGUGUUUGGUGCUAGCAACAUCAUCAAGUUCUUGCAGGAACUCCCAGAAUCCCAGAGGGCUGAUGCAGUGAGCAGCAUGGUUUAUGAGGCGAGUGCAAGGAUAAGAGACCCAGUUUAUGGAUGUGCAGGGGCAAUAUGUCAGCUCCAAAAGCAAGUUAGCGAGCUCCAGGCACAACUAGCCAAGGCACAAGCCGAGGUUGUCAACCUGCAAUGUCAACAAGCCAACCUUUUAGCCUUACUUUGCAUGGACAUGUCUCAAACUCCUCAGGCAUCGCCUCAUGAGCAGCAAUAUUCACACGAAAAUUUUAUCAGUACAAGUCCCGAUCAAACCUACCAGAGCAAUACUAGUCUCAUGUCCUUCCUCGACGAUUAUAACAACCUAGGCUUAAUGUGGGACCCUCUUUGGACAUGAUUAAAAUCAUUUAAAAUUAUAUAAUAAGUAGCCCUAUAAUUUUGAAAUUAAACUCCUUCUCCCAAGGAGAAUUGAGGAAAUUAAAAAAAUUGGAAAAAAAAAAUGAUCAUCAUGAUGAUCACAUAUAUGUUGUAUGAACAAAAGUGGGGGAGAAACUACUGACUUUAGGAUCCAAUCUUUUUGUUAAAGCUAGGCGCAAAGUAUAGAUAUGGGUCUUUUUCCUCCAUGCAUGUAAUAAUCUAUAUCGAUAUUGGUGAAAAAAAGAGAUGCGAAUUUGGUUCGUGUCCAUCAUGAUGAUCAUGAUCUAGUGUACGUGCUGAUUAUUGAGUCUUGAAAACCAACUUUUUGGUUACCUACUACAAUUGUCUUGAAUAUAUGCUUCUCGAAUUCCUUUUCAAA